AUGGUUAAUUCCUCUUGUGAUUCUGUCUGCUCUGGCCAGGGCUGCGGUCACGGCCUUUGCCAGGAGACAUGCUGCUGCCCUUCCAGCUGUGGCUCCAGCUGCUGCAGGCCCAGCUGCUGCAUCUCUAGCUGCUGCUGCCCCACCUGCUCCCAGACCACCUGCUGCAGGACCACGUGCUGCCGCCCCACCUGCUGUGUGUCCAGCUGCUGCCAGCCCUCCUGCUGUGGUUCCAGCUGCUGCCAGCCCUCCUGCUGUGGCUCCAGCUGCUGUGGCUCUAGCUGCUGCCGCCCCUCCUGCUGCAUUUCUAGCUGCUGCCGCCCCUCCUGCUGUGGAUCCAGCUGCUGUGGAUCCAGCUGCUGCUGCCCCUCCUGCUGCUGCCCCUCCUGCUGCCUGCGCCCAGUCUGCGGCCAGGUCUCCUGCCACACCACUUGCUAUCGCCCCACCUGUGUUAUCUCCACCUGCCCCCGCCCCAUGUGCUGUGCCUCCUCCUGCUGCUGA